AUGUCUGCUGUAAGUUCUCGGCGUACACCUCUGCUUGAGGGGGGAUUGGCACGGCUGGUAUCCAAAUUCGAGAACUUGGGAGCUUCGUCAAAAUCCAAUCGCAACGAUGGAGCGACAUACGGUGGCCUAGAUCGUGCUUUCGUUGAUUCAGGUCCAUCAAAAGUUCCAUUGAUACAUGAUAAAGCAAAAGAUGACGCCGAAACAAUGAAAGUGGCGACACCGCCAUCUCCAGCCCCCAUCAGCUCAUCUCCGGCCAAGUAUAAUGACACAGCUCAAUCAGGACCUGCCGUUAAGGAUAUACAUAUUACAGACACUGCAACCCCAUCGUUAAAACCGAGAAGACCACUGGUGCGCAGCGGCUCGGUUGUGGCGGAGAUGAGGAGAUUGUUUGAGCGAGGGUCUGGUGAGAAUACCGCUUCUAACCUCACGCCAGCUACCUAUGAACCUCAACGCGUUGCUUCACCUACUACGACCAAUGGGCGUAACGACCUUAAGACACCCUUUGAUGUGAAUAGCCGCGCCAAUGAAUUGUCAAAAACAGGAAUACUACCAACAAAGGCCGGGGAUCUAGAGAAACUAGACCAACAAGAAGAGAAAGACGCUGUUCCAGACCUGAUACCCUUCCAUCAUCAUCACGUUGAGCAUCCCGAAUGUCUGCCGCGACCACUUGCCUCCCCUGAUCGCUCUUCUCGGCGCUUAAAUGAGAACAAUAUCGGCGUCGAAAGUAAAGCAAGCAUCUGGCAAAGAGGAACUGAGACCAGGUUCAAGUUGCAGGGCGGCGCAUUUCUACACAAGACCCCAUCUCCGCUCAAAAAUAUGAUUGUUACAGGAAUAGGGGCUUGGUAUCCAAAGACUUGGAAUACAUCACCUGAAGAGGUCCCGCGCUCUGAAAGCGAAAUCAUGACAAGUCAUCAAACAGAUGCUUUAAAUUCCUCUCUUUCACAGAGAGACGGAACUGAGCGUGAUUUGACAGAGCACUCACAGCCCUAUGUUCCUCUAUCCCACCCACGCCAAGACACCGUAUCGUCAUCAACCACUCAUGCUACUAGCGACCCUAAGGAACUACAUCACAUCAAGAGUCCAUCGUUAAGAACCUCCAGAUCAAUUCCAUCUCAUCAGUCGAAAGUCUCUAGCCUUCCGAAAAAGUUUGACAGCUCGUUGCCUUCAUUCUCCCCUGAGCUACCAUUACGAUCGACUCCGUCGCGUCAGGCCCCCGCGCGCUAUACUUCGAGGGUGGAUGGAUCUCUCCCAACACAUUCCAUGGCAACUUCUGCCAAGCGGGGACUCAAGGAAACCAUUAGCCUUUUCGAAUCAAUGAGUCAUCAAACUGAUGGAGAAGACAAAUUUGAUCAUAUUCCCAAAGCAUAUUCAUCUCCGAUGUUCUUAGACUCCAAUGCCAGGUCUUCCAAUGAGAGGCAACAUGGGGAAAUGGCAGUCAAGGCCUGGGAUGUGACGCCGACCCCGAGACUGUUAUCACCAUUAGAGAGUGGGCUCCCUCGUUCGUAUAGCCAAUCUCCAGAUAUAGACACUCUUAGCAGUCAAGAAAGCGAUGCCAAACCUCUGCUCUAUACUAAGCCAUCUGCAUUGAAGGCGAGCCGUUAUACAAGAGGUUUUGGGUCUAUCCUUAGGUCAGACUGGAGGAGAAAAAGGAAUACGAGCUCUGAAGACGUCAAGCCUCAUAGCUACCCAGAGCAACGGCGAGGCUUUAAUAUGGAUGGCGAGGGGGGAUUUGACUUGCAGCCACAACACUGGGCAAACCCUUCUGAAGAGGUGCCAAAAAAUGCUGGCGAGUCAUUUCCUGUCAAGCAUCGACUCAGCAUCGUUGACCGCCAUCCCUCUCUUCUCCUCCUAAGUCGGCGUUUAAUCUCUCGUAGCCACGGACUAUUCGUUUCGCAGGCCCAUUGCACACUUCUGCAGCCUCAGCCUGUCCGAGGAGGAGAAAUACGGCGUAUCACCAGUCUUUGCAAGGACAAAAUGGCAGCGUUGAGAGCACGACCUCAGACGGAGUAG